AUGCUUGGUCACAGAUUCGGGCCUGUUACGACUAAAAUGUUUGAUGCUCUUGUUAAAAUUCAAUCAGCUCGAGGUUUUGCUAGUGACAUAGGCCCUAAGCUAUUCUCACUAUUAAAUCAAAAUGAGCUACUCGAGGACAUCCAUGAAGAAAAAAAUAUACUGCGCUAUAAUACUGAAGAUGGAAAACUAGGAAAAGCGGCCGUUAGCAAUUCCAAGUAUGGAUUUAGCAACAUUAAAUCCGUAUUACUGCCAAUUUUCGAAGUGACCUCGGAAGAAUUUGACGAAAUGAUCGAUGUAUUAGGCAAAGAGCUAAAUGAUAAUGAAAGUUAUCUCGAUGUUAAUCGUGUUUAUGGGCGUAAGAAGGAAAAUAUUUAA